AUGAUGGCUUUAAAAUUAUAAUAGAAGUUAUGGAGAGUGGGCUCAAGAUCCUUAUCUACAGUAACUCCUCAAAAAUCAGCUGAUAUUCCAUAACUAAAAUCAAACCUGGUUAGUUAGGGAGACAAGCAUACAAAAUAUCAUGGACACUAUAGGUUUGACUCUUACAAUGAUAUAAGACAUGAUAAAAAAUGGCAGCAAAGGAUAAUUAAGAGAGAGGAUGAAAACUUAGACAGAUGGGUAGAUUUAACUAGGCAUUCAUAUGACUAAUGGAGGAAACAGGUUUUCGGUAGAGGAGAUCCCUAGAUUGAAUCGAUUCCAGAAAAAAGCGGAGAUUAUGUCUAUUAUCUUAAGCAAAAGGAAUAUACUAAUAAAGUCCCUGCAUAAUCAACAUCCACUAAAAGUGGGGCAUAGCAAAAGCCUACUAACAACACUUAUGAAGUUUAUUGCAGGCAUAAGUAUGAACUGAUUGGGAAAUUUCAAUCCUAGGAGCAGAUUUAAAAAGAGACUGAAGUCAUAUUUGAUUUGGAAGAGGUGCCCUUUUUAAACUAAAGAACACUGAGAAAAACUAUUUUAGAUAAGAUGAAGAUCAAUGAUGACCACACAAUGAUUGCGUUUACACUAGAUAUUGGCAACACUGAAAAGCUUACUGGAGGAAUUAAGGAUCUCAGAUCUAAUCAUAUUUACCCUAAUGUCAGGUUUUAGGAUAUAAGCUAGAUGGAAUUUGGAGCAGGCUAUGAGACUCUAUUUUAUGUAGAGACUAAUGAGUUGAACAGACCCUACAAAGUUAUUAAACUAAAUCUUAAAACAAUGCAAGAGAGUACAGUCUUUGUGGAUUUAGAUCCAACUCAUUACAUUGACAUUCAAACCUCAAAAGAUAAAAGAUUCAUGAUGAUUAAUUCAGGAACUAAAGAAGAUAACGAAGUAUGGGUGUUAGACAGGCAUCUCCCAGAGGAUUAACCUUAAGUACCCAAGAUGAUCAUUCCUAGAAGACCUGGUAUAAAAGCUCAUGUAGAUCACUUGAGAGACUUUUUCCUCAUGAUAAGUAACUAUGGCGUUAAAUCCAAGAAUUAUAAACUAACUACGCUAAAUGAUGAAGAUUUUGGUUAGGAGAAUCACAAUGAAAAAUGGACAGAUUUACUAGGGUCUGGAGGGCAAGAGAGUGGCUAUAUUAUAAAUGAAUUCGAUGCUUUUAAGGACUUUAUUGCUGUAUAUAUCAAGCAUCAAGGCAGACCAGAAAUCCUCAUAAUGGAUUUAACUACAAAAGAGAUAAAAUCACUUAAAAUGGAUGAUGUGGGUGAGAUUAUUCCUGGACUUAAUUAAGAUUAUGACACAAAACACUUAAGAUACUAGUUCUCUUCCCCAUUUGUUUACCAGUAAGUAUACUAGUAUGACCACACAAUAAAGUAAAAGCAGCUUUUAAAGGAGUACAAACUUACUGGUUCUCCAUAAAUAGUGAGGAAUGAAUUUGACUGCAAACAAUUCCUAGUUCCUUCUUAUGAUGGUGAAGAGGUACCUAUGAACAUCUACUUCAAAAAAGGUAUGAUCUUAAAUAGAAAGAAUCGCACAAUGCUUGAGGGAUAUGGAGCAUAUGGAAUUAACGUCAACCAAGGCUUCAAUAUUGUUCAUACUACAGCCAUGGAAAAAGGCUGGGUUAUUGCCUAAGCUAUGGUAAGAGGAGGUGGUGAGAAGGGCAUUUACUGGCAUGAGCAGGGUAAACUACAUAAGAAAAUGAACUCCUUUAAAGAUUUCUAGGCAUGUGCUGAAUAUCUAAUAAUGCAAAGAAUAACGCAUCCAAAUCUACUGGCUGCAAAGGGUUCGAGUGCUGGUGGAACUCUAAUAGCUCAAGCCUGCAUGAAUAUGUAUCCAGAACUAUUCAGAGCAUGCGUCUUAAAUGUUCCCUUUUUAGAUGUACUCUCAUCUCUUCUAGAUGAUUCCCUACCUCUGGCACUGACAGAUCAUUUGGAGUUCGGGAAUCCGAUCACAGAUGAAAAGUUGUACAAACUGAUAAACUCUUACUCUCCCUAUGAAAAUCUAUCUAAUCAAGAAUAUCCAGCAACACUCCUCAAUAUAUCACUUUAAGAUCCUCGUGUUCCAUCCUGGGGUAGUCUUAAAUUUGUUGAAAAGCUGAGAGACCUUGCUAAAGAUCCUUAGAAAUUCCCCGACUUUGGAAUGAAGAAUAUAGUAGUCAGAUUCAAUAAAGAGGGUGGUCAUUUUGGCACCAUUGAUAAUGAUGUAAAUCUAGCAAUGGAAACAUUUGAGUUCGCUUGGCUAGAUUAUAUAAUGUUUAAAAAGAACAAUGACAUUUGA